GCCCCCUCCCCCCUAUGUACUCCUCUCACUCUCUCUGCGAAAGUUCUCCAACUCGUCUUCUUUUCGGUUUGCUGUCAACUGUGACUGGCGUGGCGAUGAACCAUGAUACAAGCCUUCGGUAUCAACCAUGGGCUCCCUAAGUCCGAAUUCAUACAUCAUCUGGCAACUAACUCUACCGAACACCCAAAUCCCUCCCCUUAAGUGAGGACAUAUG